AUACUCACUAUAUUUUUGACCCACAAAAACAAAACUAAAAAGCAAGAAAAACUAUUCCACUUUAAUUUAUGACAUAUCAAAAAUAAUGAUGGGCAGUACUGCUCUUUACUUGAACACUCCUUACAGUUUAUCUUCAAGUUUCUUAUCUUCUAACAACUUUAAACACUACAUUACAACAAAAUACACUAUUAGAACAAUUAGUACCAAAAAUCUAACUAGCUUUAAUAACAAUAAUAGAAGGCAAAUUAGAGCUAUUGGAAUUGUUCCGGAGAAAGAUCAAGCUAAUGAAACAAGUGAUCAAUCAGAGGAAGAACUCGAACAGCCUUAUGUUGGGUUUGCAUUUGUCAGUUCAGUAUUACUCCCGGAUGGAACGCCCGAUUUACAUUUGCGAUCAGCAACGGGUGGACAAAAGCUAAGGGAUAUAAUGUUGGAUAAUGAUAUUGACCUUUAUGGACCAUAUGCAAGACCACUAUUAAACUGCGCGGGUGGUGGAACAUGUGGAUCCUGCAUGGUGGAGGUGAUUGAAGGCAAGGAGCUUCUAAACCCCAGAACUGAAAAAGAGAAAGAACAUCUUAAAAAGAAACCAAAGAAUUGGAGACUUGCUUGUCAAACUACAGUUGGUACACCAGAUUCAAGAGGAAUGGUUGUCAUCCAGCAACUACCAGAAUGGAAAGCACAUGAAUGGAAUUAUGAGAAAGAUUUCCCUAGUGUUUCUUGAUAGUUAGUUACAUACUUUCAAAGAUUUUGUAUAUUAUCGAUAUAAAUUUAAAAUACGAAUGAAAUUCAAAUAAAGUUUUAGUCCUUUACUCUUCAUAAA